UUGGUGAUUGGGCUCAGAACAUGAUUGAUUGCUAGCUUGGCUAAAAUAGUAUAGCUCAGUAAAGAAUUAAUUAUUCUUUUUAAAACUCAAAUAGUGACUGUCUUCGGGGAGUUUUUUUGUUAUACAUCGUUGUAACUUAACAUUUGAAAAUGGCUUCAGAAGAUUUCAAUCUUGGGAUAAAUCAACGCAGGAAAAGCAUCACAAACAGGGAGCUACUAAUUGCAGCUAGUGAGGGCAAGCUGUACGAGGUGCAGUUAUCUAUCCGAGCCGGGGCAGAUGUCAACUUCGUCGACAGUGAUGGAAAUACUGCGCUGCACUAUGCAGUAUCCAACGAUAAACUCAACGUGGUGCAACAUCUUCUUCGGCUGCCUGUGGAUGUAACGCAUGAAAAUAAUGCAAACACAACUCCGCUGGCUUUGGCACGUCGGCGCAACUUUAAACCCAUCGUGGACUCCAUUGAAGAGCAAGUAUGGAUCAACACACUGCAAACCAUGAAGGAGGAUUACCCUUUGAAGGCGGUUGAUAGUUUGAGCAGAGGUACGAGUUCAGAAGAGCAGAAAACUACGUUUAUGGAAGCUACAUUUUCCGGUGUUUACACGGAACCGAUGCAGUUGGAGGAUAUUGAAAACAUUUUGAGAUUGAGGUAUUUAAAAGAUGAGAACAGUUUGAUUUUUGGUGUUGUUGCCAAUCGUCGUAUGUUUCGAUCCACAUUAGAAGAAUGUAAAACGACUAAGAAGAAAUGUUUACUAAUAGCUAAUUUAGGUAACUUACGCUGGACAACAAUUGCUAUCAAUUUUAGAAAUGAUAUUCAGCGCUUUUAUGCUUGGGUAGAGAAUCCCUGUUCACAUGACACGAAUCAAGCUAUUACAGAUGUCUUAAUUGAUGUUUUAGAAGCAGAUGUUGAGUUUUUCCAAUUUCCAUAUGACGAAUACAUUGAGCUCAACUCGGGAGUCUAUGCUCUCAAGUAUGCUGACACUUUUAUUUCGUGCAUGGAAAAUCAACAAAAGUUGCAAGAAGUCUUAGCGUUGCAAAAUGUGGAUAUCAAAACAGAAAGAUCAUUUCUAGCAAACUUGCUGAAUGAAAAGCUAAGAACUGAACUGAAAGUUAAAACGUGCUCAAAGAUAUUUCAAUGCUUAGUUGCAAACAAAGAAGAUAUUGAAAAUUUAACUUUUAAAAACAUAAAUGCGUUCGUUUUAUUUUUAGAAGCGUUUGCUUUGGAAGAUACGUACAUCGAGAAGAAUGAUCUUAAGGUAGAAAAAGAAAUUAGAAAAAUUAAAAAGGAAUAUUUUUCUUACUUUUAUUUUCAACCUAAAAACGAAAAAGUAGAAGGGAAGCCAGAUUAUAGACUGAUUGUUGAUGCAAGAAGUAGUUUAUUGCACGGUAGUCGAAUGGUUACCCUGGAUGACUGUGUAAAGUUUGUAGCAAAAGGCAAAAAAGUAGCAGAAUUUUUCUGUGAAAUGGAAUCUUUCAUUAACGGAAUGUACACCAAAAUGAUGACAACGGAUCAAAACCCAGAAAUUAUUAAAUGCAGUUCGUUUUUGGCUCCCAAAAGUGAAUUCAAAGAAUUAGGUGUCGAAGGAGAUUUAGAGCAGUUUGGAAAGUUCAUGAAGGAUUUAUAUAUGUCAGAAAAUCAAAUUACUGAUGCAAAGCUGCAGCAAAUAAUGUUUGAUCUAACAGUUAAUGUAAUACCGCUGUUAGAUAACAAGAAAGAAAGAAUUGGUCCCCUCGGAGUAAUAAGAAAUAUUUUGAUACAUAACUUUCAGCAGUAUAAUACCACAGAGAGGUUGAGGGAAAUGAAGCGUCUCACUUUUCCAUUGAAGUCUAACUUGUUUAAGUAUUAUUAUGCUAAGAAAGUUCAAGAUAUCUUGAAAUGUGGUUGCCUGCAUGAAAAUUAUGAAAGCUUGGAAUCGAAAAUAGUUGACGCUUUGAAUGAAUUUGAGGAAGAUUUUAACGAGAAGACUCACAUUGCAUCAGCAGACGAUGCCAACAGUUUCGAGUACUUGUUUCAGCAUUCAAUUUUUCCUCAAAAAGAUGAGGAAAUUGAAAAACUAGUUGACCAAUAUUUUGAAUUUAUGAUAAUCAUUGAUGGUAGCACUGAAGUGGACUUACAUAACGAUGAAGAAGAUUCUGGUGAGUUCUCUGAUGUAGUGCUGCGACUGAAUGAUUUGCAGAAAAGAGAAAUUUUUGAAGAUAUUCUGAAAACAAAAUCAUUUUUACAAACAAACUCUGAUUUUGCACAAAACCAACUGGCUGAGCUCAGAAUAAGAUUGAUUAAUUUUGGUGUACAAGAAUCACAUAUCAGCAAAAUUUUUGAACAAGUAAUCAAUCAAAGUAUUUAUUUUGAUCCUGAUACAAAAUAUCAAAUGACACGAGUUCGUGACAACAUAUUGAUCAUGAAAAACCUAAUGGUCAAACACAAUAUUCCACUACAAACCUUGAUAAACUCUUUUAUAUGCAACAAAUUUGACCAAAUACAUGAAAUAACUUCAGAAAAUCAGAAAGUAAUGACGUUUUUAUUUCAAAAGUUUACCUCUCUUCUGAGAGAAAAGGUGGUUGUGAAAAUUAACGAUAAAGAUUUACAAAUUGAUUUUGUUACUAUAACCAUUAAUAUACUGAAUCUAUUCUACAAUGCCUACAAUAAAUAUCAAAUAAAAUUUAAUAACGCAGCAGAUGCAUUCAGAGAUGAAACUUUUCUGAAUUACCUAAUUUCAAGACUUAGCAAAGAAAAUGAAAACGACGAAUUGCGUGCAAAUUUAAUGAUGAAGACAUUAUUGAAAAUCAAGUACACAAUGCCGUACAUAGCGUAUUUGGUGGAAAAGUUCCCCAAUAUGGUGAUUGAAAAAAGUGAAAUAAGUGGAUUGAUUGAAAGUUUUUGCAAAAGUGAUUUACAUGCUUCACAUUUGGAAAGGCUGAUUAAAGCCAUGGAAAAUAAUAAAGAUUUUAACAUAUUUGAGGAGAUUGUAUCUAUUAUGAUGAAUAAAGAAGAUUUAAGCAGGGAAGUUAUGGAAGUUGUGUUUCAGAAUACAUUGCAUAUAGAUCAAUUUUUGCGUGAAAUAAACAAAUUUUUACAAAGCAAACCUUCAGCGAGAAUUAUAAAAUCAACGCGAAAAGUUUUGGAAACUCUGAAUGGAACAGUUCGUCAGCUUCUCUACAGUUCUAGCUAUUCUGAAGCAGAGAAGAUUGUGGAACUUGAAUUUAUGAAUUCAAUUUACAACCAUGCACUUGAAUUUAAAAUAGAGGAAAUAAAUGAUUUUUACCUGUAUGCAGCAAAAGUUAAAAAUUUUCGUGGAGUAGAAGAAAAGAAGAAUAAACAGUUUGAAAUUGCAAAAGAAUUGUUUCAACAGGCGUUGAUAUUUUUGAGUAAGGUGAAAAAUCCAAACAUUCGUCAAAAAUUGUUAGUUUUAAGUCGUAGUUCUUACACUAAACAGCUGUUGUAUCAGCAUGAGGAGGCAUUCCAUGGAUUCGAACAGUUGUACAAAGAAAUCGUCAAAUUUUCUUUGUCUUUGAACGAUUUGCCAGAAAAAGGCGUAUAUGAAGCCAGCGUAUAUUCUCUCGUUGAAAAAUCCAAUCAUUACAAAGAGUUGCUAGAAUCAUCAUUGGAUAAUCGAAAAUAUUUGAACAUUUUUGGUAUAAGAAGUUCGAUGGCUUUUGUUUUAGAGUUGCAAAGAAACUACCAAGGAGCCAUUUAUGUCUAUCAAGAGUUGUACAAUGUGCAGCAAGGUUUAGACAAACACAAACUGAUAAUUUCGAGAUCAUUGAAAAACAUUGCAAAAAUGAACAAACUGCUAGGAGACGUUUAUCUCAAAGAUAUGCAAUAUCCGGAAGCUAGAAAGUGUUACGUUGAUACACUGGUGGCUGCUGGUAAAUUAUUAAAUUUCAACAAGAAGGUUCGAGGCAGAAUUCAUCCGAUGAAUUUGGAAAUCAGUAAAUUUACUAGCAGGAUUUUGGGUUCUGUUAGAUACUCAUUUUUAAAACAGGCAAAAGUUGAAGCGGAAAAAGAAACGAAACAAUUUCUUUUAGAUAAAUCAGAAAUUAUACUUAAAGAAUGCAUCCAAAAUUCACUAUACAAAAUGGAUCGUUGGAAAGACAUUAUAAAUCGUAAAAUACCACAAUAUGAAGGACAGAAAAAGGCAAAUAUAAAGUUUUAAUGACGAAGAAGUGUAUUGCUACAGUGGAUAGAGUAAGGUAAUCAUAGUGCAUAAAAGGAAAACAAUAAAGAUAAAUAACCACUCCGCAUUUUUUAAAAUAAUGUUUAUUUUGAAAACUGUAGAGU